AUGUCCAGGUUUGAUGCUUCAUUGAUUCCUGCUAUUAUUUUUGAUAAUGAUAAUCGGAGUUUAUGUGCAAACCCAUCCAGGGAGGAGCUGAAAGAGGCAGUUUUUAAUAUUGACAAGGAUAGUGUUGCUGGCCCUGAUGGAUUCUCCUUGUAUUUUUAUCAACAAUGUUGGGAUACAGUUGCUAAUGAUCUCCUGGAUGCAGAACUAAUUGGGAAGAUUGAUCGAAAGUCAAGGGGUGGAAAUAUAGCUCUCAAGUUGGACAUGAUGAAGGCAUAUGAUCGACUUGAAUGGGAUUUCCUUUUCAGAAUACUAGAGCAGCUAGGAUUUAAUUCUCAAUGGAUUUGCAUGAUUUGUCGUUGCAUAUCUAAUUGUUGGUUCUAUUUGCUGAUAAAUGGUGGUUCUGUGGGAUAUUUCAAGUCAGAAAGAGGACUCAGACAAGGCGACUCCAUUUCUCUUCUUUUGUUCAUUUUGGCUGCCGAAUAUCUAUCCCGAGGGUUAAAUGCCUUAUUUGCUCAUUAUCCAUCUCUGCACUAUGCUUCAUAUUGCUCCAUGUUAGUCAGCCACUUGGCGUUUGCAGAUGAUAUUCUUAUAUUUACUAAUGCUGCCAAAUCCUCCUUGCAAAAAAUUCUUAAGUUCUUGCAAGACUAUGAGGAGAUUUCUGGACAGCAAAUAAACCACUCUAAAAGUUGCUUCAUCACUCAUCGAAAUGUGACAAAUUCGCGUAAACAGAUCAUCUCUCAAGCCACCGGCUUCAUCCAUAAAUGCCUGCCUAUCACGUAUGUCCUCAAGCCCCCUAUCUGUGUGAUUGAGAAAAUAGACAGAAUGUUCAACAAUUUCUUAUGGGGAGGUUUAGCAGGCACUAGACACAUUCAUUGGAGUGCAUGGCAUAAGAUCACACUGCCAUCUAGUGAGGGAGGAUUAGACAUCCGAGACCAAGGUGAUGUGUGUGAGGCUUUUAGCAUGAAGCUUUGGUGGAGCCCCUUGGUCAAUCGGUUUCCAUUAUUUGCAUCAUCGAUGAUGAGAGUUUCCCAUUUUUAUGAUGAUGGUUCAUGGAACGUGGAUAAGCUGAACAAUGUGCUGCCGGAGGACGUGGUGGUGGAAAUUCUAAACAUUCUAAUUGAUCCUCCUAAUGAUGAUAGGGCGUAUUGGGUGCCUACCUCGGAUGGGCAAUUCACUACUAAGUCCGCUUGGGAGAUAGUUCGACAACGCCAGAAUGAUGCGAAACAUAGGAACCUUGGUAUGUGUCCUAACAGAGUGGUGAGGAGAGUACUCAAGCUCAUCCACCAACUUUUUCAUGGGAGGCAAUUCCAGGGGUGGCAAUGGAAGGGAGAUCUUCAGAUUGCUCAAACAUGGGGUCUAAUAUUUCAUCAAGCAGCCCCACAUCCACCAAGAAAAUUCUCUUGGCAUAAACCAUCAGCAGGUGAGUUUAAGUUGAAUGUUGAUGGUAGUUCAAAGCAUAAUUUUCAGAAUGCUGCUGGAGGAGGACUUCUUCGUGAUCAUACAGAAAUAGAUGCAAAAGUUGUGGUACACAUGAUAAAUGAGGGUCAUCAGGGAUCAGCUAGGACUUGGUACUUGCUUGCUUCCAUUCGUAGAUCCUUAAGUAGAAUCUCUUUUCGGAUUUCUCACAUCCAUAGAGAAGGAAACCAGGCAGCAGACCAUCUCUCGAAUCAGGGGCAUACGCACCAAAACCUGAAGAAAAAGGCUUUUGUCCUAAAUGGUCCUGUUCCUGAGGAACCUAGCGAUGAUGCUUCAAAUGAGGAAAUGGAGACCAAUAGAGUUUAUAUGGAUAAUCUCAAUCAAGCGACAUGUGUGAUGCUGGCCAAUAUGGCUUCAGAUUUUCACAAGCAACAUGAAGCUAUGAAUGCUCUGGAUAUUAUCCUAAACCUUUGA